AUGGUCACGUUGAUUGAAACAAAGGAUCGCCUGCUGGCGGUAAGCCCAUCGCUGCUGGCGCUUGGCACGGUCAUCUUGCUUUUUCUUUUAGCGAGCAUCAUCUCCACCGUCCGGCAAUUCUUCCGGCUGCGGCAGUACAAAGGUCCAUCUGUCGCCGGAUUCUCCAAAUGGUGGAUGAUCAAGCACGUUGGCGGAGGCAGAACUCAUCUGGAUGUCUAUGAGGUCUGCCAGAAAUAUGGCCCCGUCGCUCGGAUCGGACCCAACGAUCUCAUCACGGACGACCCAGACCUGAUGAAGCACAUGCUAAAUGUCAGAACGGGAUACCGACGCUCCGACUGGUACCAUGGCAUGCGACUCAAUCCCCAUAUGGACAAUGUUCUGUCUAUGAGAGAUGACGACAAGCACAACGAACUACGAGCAAAGAUGGCCGCGGGCUAUUCCGGGAGGGAGGUUGAGGGUCUUGAAAAGAAGAUUGAUCAGACAAUCUUGAACUUGAUCAACCUGUUUGAUUCGAAGUAUGUCUCUGUCAAUAAGCCAUUCGACUUGGGUCGGAAAGCCCAGUUCUUCACCCUCGACGUUAUCUCCACUGUUGCCUACGGCCAGCCCUUUGGCUUUCUCGAGACAGACACAGACGUAUACGAGUAUAUUAAGACGACUGAAGAGAAUGUGCCUACAAUUAUUGUUACGACAGUUCUGCCGUGGCUUAUGGAGCUUCUUAAGUCUCCUCUGCUGAAGAGCCUUUUGCCUUCCGAGAAAGAUCGGCUUGGGCUUGGCAAAAUCAUGGCCAUUGCAAAGGAAAAGGCUGCGGAACGAUUCGGUCCUGACAAGAAGGUCCAAAAGGAUAUGCUGGGAUCAUUUGUAGCCCAUGGCCUUACCGAACAGGAGGCUCAGUCCGAAAUUCUGGUACAGGUACUCGCCGGCUCUGACACUACUGCAACAGCCAUUCGUGCCACAAUGCUGUACAUAAUGACAAGCCCCCGGGUCGUCAACGCUUUACGAGCCGAGAUUGCUUCCACUAAGCGCUCAACACCUAUCAUCUCUGAUGCCGAGGCCAGAGGAAUGCCGUACUUGCAAGCAGUGAUCAAAGAAGGCCUUCGAAUCUUCCCCCCUGUCACUGGCUUGAUGACCAAAGACGUUCCCAAAGGCGGAGAUACCUUUAAAGGAAUGUAUUUCCCCGAAGGCACGAAGAUUGGCUACUGUGCAUGGGGGAUCUUUAGGCGGCCAGAGAUCUGGGGUGAAGACGUAGAUGAGUUCCGUCCUGAAAGGUGGCUUGAGGCCAGCCCGGAGAAACUCAAGCAGAUGGAGUCAACUCUGGAGUUGAUUUUCAGCUACGGUCGCUGGCAGUGUCUUGGACGGAACGUUGCUCUUAUUGAACUAAACAAGAUUUUCGUCGAGCUGUGGCGUCGAUUUGAUUUUGCACUUGUCGACCCUACAAAGCCUUGGAAGUCUAUCUGCUGCGGCAUAUUCUUACAGUCUGAAUACUGGGUCAGAGCAUAUAAACGCGAGGACUAA